GCAAACUUCGGUCACACUGCGUAAACAACAACAUGGUUGGAGUUGAGCACUCGGAUAAUCCACUUGUUGUGGAUAUUUCCGCAUAUAUACUGACUGAAUAUGUGCCUGCCAAGCCAUUGGAAAGCAAUCUCGAAGUGGUCUUCUCAACCACCGACCAGGCUCUCUCUGAAAAAUGUGGUCAGCUGAAUUGUGGCGACAACUUAAAAUUUCCAUUUGCACGUGCCGGCUACGCCCCCACAGCAGUCUACAUACAAGAUGCCAAGGAGCUGGUGGUCGCCGAUGCUGCAACGGAGACGAAACGUGUUGUGGAACUAUCGCUAAAUAUUUCAAGUCUGGGCGAGUUUGACUAUGAACCCGGAGACACUGUGGCCAUACUGCCCAGCAAUGAUCCUCAUGUUGUGGCGCAAUUGUUACACCGCCUGGACAUAGUGCAGCAGGCGGACAGCUACUGUCUAGUGAGACUCGCGCUGAACUGCGCCAAGAAGAGCGCCAAAGUGCCCGCUCAUCUGCCAACGACAUCAGCUAAAACUCCGCGGGAGAUCUUGACAGAUUGCCUGUCGCUGCAUUCAGUGCUACAGAAACAGUUCCUAAGCGCCUUGGCGCGCUGCACCAGCGACUCAAAGGAGCGUGCUUUUCUCGCCAGUCUCUCCUCCAAGCAGGGCACCAACCACUAUCAAACACUCAUCUUGGAGCGAGGAUUGUGUAUGCUGGAUUUGCUGGAGUUGUGCGCCAGUUGCCAGCCAACGCUGGCUCUGCUUGUCGAGCACUUGCCUCGCCUGUUGCCACGCCCAUAUUCAAUAUCGAACAGUCCCUUGGAGUGCUCCAAGCAGAUGCUGCGCAUCAUUUACUCAAUACGCACACACAAAGCAGGCGUCACCACCGCCAUGUUGGAAGCCAAGAUUAAACAGCAUGAGGAGCAACUGCAGCAGCCAGUUAAGCUCUUCCUUUAUCCACGCAUACAGAACGCAUUCCGCUAUACAGAUCAGGAGCUGACUGGCAAUCAAAUACUGAUAGCUGUGGGCACCGGAUUGGCUCCAUUUCUUGGCUUUCUGGCGCACAAGCAACGUCAGCAGCUGGCCACAGGUGAAACCUGGUUAUAUGUGGGCGCCAAGACGCCGCAAGCGAUGCUCAAGCAGCAGCAGCUGCUCGACUGGCAAGCAUCCUCGAUCCUACAGCGCUUAAGACUCUGCUAUUCGCGUAGCUCGACGCCGGAGGAGCCGAAAUAUGUGCAACAACUGCUCGAAGAGGAUGCUGAACAGCUUGUCGAACUGCUCCUGCAACCAUCAACGAUUUUGUAUGUCUGCGCCGAUGGUGCCAAGAUAUCCAAAUCCAUUGAGGAAGGCCUGCGUCGCUGCCUGCAGCUCGCCUUACAUCUGGACGAGAUGGAGGCAGUGCAGCGGCUCAAGGAGCUGCGGACGCAGGGCAAAUAUCGCGAAGAUCUCUGGCUUUAAUACAACAUUCAAUAAUUCUGUCAUUUGAAAUGAAUCUUUGCUUUUUAAAUAAAUAUAAAUAAUUAGCUGGUGCUUGGACAAA